GAAGAAGUCAGGGCGUAAAGGCAGAAUCGAAGCCAGAGAAGAGGGCUCAGUUCGUGGAGCGAAAAACUAUAGUCCUAUCUUAUCCCCUUCCCUUUUAUUCAACAAUUCACUCCCCCAAAUAAGGGCAUGGAUCGGUAUAGAAAGGUGGAGAAGCCAAAGGCGGAGACGCCAAUUGACGAGAAUGAGAUUCGCAUAACAAGUCAGGGCAGGAUGCGGAGCUACAUCACUUAUGCCAUGAGUCUGCUUCAGGAAAAAGGCUCUGAGGAAAUUGUGUUCAAGGCAAUGGGUAGAGCCAUCAACAAGACUGUGACAAUUGUGGAGUUGAUUAAGAGGAGAAUUGUUGGUCUUCACCAAAUUACUUCAAUUACCUCGACAGAUAUAAAUGAUACAUGGGAGCCUCUAGAGGAAGGCCUUCUUCCUCUACAAACUACAAGGCAUGUUUCAAUGAUCACGAUUACUCUCUCAAAAAAAGAGCUGGAUACAUCAUCGCUGGGUUACCAACCACCAAUACCAGCUGACCAAGUCAAGGUCUCUACAGAUAUUGAGUAUGAUGGAGAGGGGUCACCUAAUGGUCGAGGAAGAGGCCGUGGCGGUAGAGGGAGGGGAAGGUUCAGAGGCAUUUCUGGGAAUGGUUUUGUGUCAGCCGAAUAUGAAGAUGGAGGCUGGGACCAUAAUCGUGGUUAUGGAAGGGGUAGGGGUCGGGGCAGAGGUCGUAACUUCCGUGGCCGUGGAAGAGGAGGGUAUAAUGGCCCCCUGGUGGAUACGCUAGAAGAUACUGGAGGCUACAAUCAAGAAGCACCUCCUCAGGGUCGAGGUCGCGGCCGUGGAAGAGGGGGAGCUCGUGGGAGGGGCCGUGGAAUCAAAUCUAAUGGACCAGUCCAUGUGGCUGCUGGAGGUGCUUAAUUGGUGGAGAUAAGGGUGCAUUAUGGAGAUUAUGUUUUCUGCACUUAUGGAUGCCUGCUCCAACUCUAUGUCUUGCUUUUUCAAAUUCAUUUCUAGUAUUAACAUUAGGAUUUGAUCUGUAAGUUUAGUCUAAUUUAGAAUAUUGUGACUGCCAUAAAGUGGUAAAGCCUUUUUGUUUUCUUUUCUCCUUAUGGUAGAUUAGGUGCUUUAUUAAAUGUAACUUGCUUAGUGAGCAGCACAUUCUUUUAUUGUUAUUACGAUGAAAGUGUUUUUUUUUUCCCCUUA